UUCUCUUCAAAUCUGUCUCGUCCUCGGGCCCAAAUACGUCCCAGGUCCUGGAUGCACAGGAAACCCAUCUCGGCUUUUCUAUCCCGGUCACAUCGCUUUCCAGUCCAGUUGACAUUGUUGAGGAUGAGCAUUCUGUCUAUUUGGCGACUGCCGAUCUCAACGCCGCAGGCAUUCUGAACGGAGAUUGGGUCAUUAUUCAAUCAUCUCAUUCCGGUAAUCGGCGCGUUGUGCGAGUUGUUGCUCGUGAUGAUGUUGCAUCUCCACAUGUCUAGUGGGGCGGCAAAAUCUUCACCAAUACUCUUACAUAACUUGACGGGCUUGGAUUCUGACAUCCUGGUCCUGCGCCAGAACUUUGCUCAGGAUCACAGCAUUCCUCUGGCAGCUGGCAUCACCUUGGCUCGUAUCUCAUCUGGUGUUUCUGCAUCGCGCCGAUUUGAAGCAUCUUAUCUUCGAGCUCUACACAGUUACUUCGGGCGCUCAAAGAGACUGAUCGCACGUCAUGAUGUCAUAGCAGUUCCUUUAAAUACUGAUGUUUCGUUAUACAUGCCGGACGAUGCACGCGCCACUGCCGAUGCGGAGGCACAGACGGGAUCAUACUUACCACUUGCGUCUCGACCCAACGACCUCGUGUUCUUUAUUGUUCGUGAGGUUACAGUGGAACCUCGAUCGUCGCGAAGUGCCCAAAACCAUGAUAGUGAUUAUGGCUACUGGAUAGAUCCUGCGGUGACACGUAUCUCUGAGGUUGGGGCGGAGGAGCGUCGUAUCCCAGAUGUUUUGGACUAUCUUGGUACAGGACAUCUUGCUUCUGAAGUCAAUACCAUCUAUUGUCAGAUCCUGCAGUUUGCGAACGCGUCUACAGCCGGGGGAUCGACAGAUUUCGGUCUCGACUUCUCAAUACUGCUCAAGGGUGCCCGAGGAAUUGGUAAAUUCUCUAUUGUCGCCAAGGUCGCUCAACACCUCGGUCUCCAUCUUUUUGAGAUCAACUGUUUCGAUGUUGUCGCCGAUAGCGAUGUCAAUGCCGACGCAAUGCUUCGAUUCCGCUUGGACACGGCGCUUGCCUCGGCCCCUUGCAUCAUUGCACUAAGACAUGUCGACGCCCUUAUUCGCUCAACGACGCCUUUGGAGACUGCCAAAGAAUCCGAAAUGUCGAUGAUGAUACUUGAGUACAUUGACAAGUUCAAGGACAAGUGGGUCUCCACGGGUAGCCCAGUUAUUGUCAUCGCCACGGUCGCCGAACACGCUCGAGUCCCUCCUGAAGUUGCCCGGUGCUUCAAGCAGGAGCUCACGAUCAAGGCCCCUGAUGAAGUCGAGCGUUUGAACAUUCUGACUCCGCUCAUGACUGGAGUCUCCUCUAAAGAUGUCUCACUCCAAGAUAUUGCGACGCAAUCUGCUGCUCUGGUUGCAUCGGACUUGAAUGAUAUACUGUCUCGAGCACAGACCUCACUUAAGAAACGGAUACUUGACCAGGGCUCGGUGUCGUUUGAUUCAUAUUUAACCGCCAGUGGCGACGACUUCCAUCGUGCACUACAAAACGUCAGGUCCUUCUAUUCGCAGAGCAUAGGCGCACCAAAGAUACCGAACGUCUCGUGGGAUGAUAUCGGCGGUCUUGCUCAAACGAGGAACGACAUCCUGGAUACCGUUCAGCUUCCUCUAGACCACCCAGAGCUGUUUGCCGGUGGUCUGAAGAAACGAUCAGGAAUCUUGCUUUUCGGGCCUCCCGGGACAGGCAAAACACUUCUAGCCAAGGCAGUCGCUACGACAUGUUCACUGAACUUUUUCUCCGUGAAAGGCCCGGAGCUUCUCAACAUGUACAUUGGAGAAUCCGAAGCGAACGUUCGACGCCUCUUCCAGAGGGCAAGAGACGCAAAGCCCUGUGUGAUCUUCUUCGAUGAACUGGACUCCGUCGCCCCCAAACGAGGCAAUCAAGGCGACUCCGGUGGCGUUAUGGACCGCAUUGUCAGCCAGCUCCUCGCUGAGCUCGACGGUAUAUCUAGUACAGAUGGUAGUGCCGACGUUUUUGUCAUAGGGGCGACAAAUAGGCCUGAUUUGCUGGAUCCUGCUUUGCUGCGACCGGGAAGAUUCGAUCGUAUGCUCUAUCUCGGAGUCAGCAAAUCCCAUGAAGAUCAGGCAGAUAUUCUACGUGCGCUCACCAGAAAGUUCAAGCUUGAUACUGCACUGGAUCUGGAUUCACUGGCUACACGUUGUCCGAUGAAUUAUACGGGCGCCGACUUCUAUGCGUUAUGUUCAGACGCCAUGCUUAAUGCUAUGUCAAGGAAGGUCGAUGAACUUGACACUAGGCUAGCCGGGUUAAAUGGGUCAAACAAUGGUACUGCACCAACCUCAUUGGCUUCCUUCUUAACAGAGGUUGCCAAACCAGAAGAGUUGGAUGUUCUUGUCUCUGAGUCUGACUUUGAGCUGGCCAUGAGGGAUUUAAUACCUAGUGUCAGCCAAUCGGAAAUGGAACACUACCAUGUUGUUCAAAGACAGUUCUCUCAGAAUGUAUAGUAGAUAGUUGAACUACUGUUAUCCCC